UUCUUUUGUUGCUCGUCGUGAGACUUGUUCGUUUGUGUCCAUCGUCUCUUUCUCUUCGUUUUCUACGACUACUUCUCUUCCGACGCUUCUGCUCUUCCUUUAGGGAGGAGGCGAUGGCGGAGAACGGCGACUUCCGCUUCGGAAACAGCGUGAAGGCAGUGGUGAUGCCGAACGGGCUGCCGAAGAUCCAUACCCACGGCGGCGGCGCCGGCGCGGAGAACGGCAUCUGCCACGACGACAGCGCGCCGCCGGUGAAGGCGCAGACAAUCGACGAGCUGCACUCCCUGCAGAAGAAGCGCUCGGCGCCCACCACCCCCAUCAAAGACGGCCUGCAGCAGCAGCAACAGGACAACGCGGCCUUCGCCACCAUCUCCGAGGAGGAGCGCCACAAGCUCCAGCUCCAAUCCAUCAGUGCAUCAUUGGCAUCGCUGACACGGGAGACAGGACCAAAGGUGGUGAAGGGUGAUCCAGCCAGGAAGCUGGAUACGCCCAAGGUCACUGCCGAGCACCACCACUACAUCACCCCAACCAUCAGCAUCAGCGACAGUGCACUCAAGUUCACCCAUGUCCUCUACAAUCUUUCCCCAGCUGAACUGUAUGAGCAAGCUAUAAAAUAUGAGAAGGGUUCGUUCAUAACAUCGACAGGGGCACUGGCUACCUUGUCUGGUGCAAAGACAGGUCGCUCCCCGAGGGACAAACGGGUCGUCAAGGAUGAAACUACAGCUGAGGAGCUUUGGUGGGGGAAGGGCUCACCGAAUAUUGAGAUGGAUGAGCAUACUUUCCUGGUGAACAGAGAGAGGGCUGUUGAUUACCUCAACUCUCUGGACAAGGUUUUUGUGAAUGAUCAAUUUCUGAACUGGGAUCCUGAACAUCGGAUUAAAGUUAGAAUCGUCUCUGCAAGGGCCUACCAUUCCCUAUUCAUGCACAACAUGUGCAUCCGUCCCACGCCUGAAGAACUGGAGAAUUUUGGUACUCCGGACUUCACAAUUUACAAUGCUGGACAGUUUCCAUGUAAUCGUUACACACACUACAUGACAUCCUCGACCAGCAUUGACCUUAACCUUGCUAGGAGGGAAAUGGUAAUCCUCGGCACGCAGUAUGCCGGGGAGAUGAAGAAGGGUUUAUUCAGUGUGAUGCACUAUCUCAUGCCUAAAAGACAAAUCCUUUCCCUGCAUUCUGGCUGCAAUAUGGGCAAAGAUGGUGAUGUUGCCCUCUUCUUUGGACUAUCAGGCACUGGGAAGACCACUCUAUCUACGGAUCAUAAUAGGCUGCUUAUCGGCGAUGACGAGCACUGCUGGAGCGAAAAUGGUAUCUCAAACAUUGAAGGUGGUUGUUAUGCAAAAUGUAUCGACCUCUCAAAGGAGAAGGAACCUGACAUCUGGAAUGCCAUUAAAUUUGGAACCGUGCUGGAAAAUGUGGUAUUCGAUGAGCACACUCAGGAGGUAGACUACACUGAUAAGUCUGUCACAGAGAACACCCGAGCUUCCUAUCCAAUUGAGUACAUACCUAAUGCGAAGAUACCAUGCGUUGGUCCACAGCCGAAAAAUGUCAUCCUCUUGGCAUGUGAUGCUUUUGGCGUGCUUCCACCUGUUAGCAAGCUCAGCCUGCCUCAGACCAUGUACCAUUUCAUCAGUGGCUACACUGCUCUGGUGGCUGGUACAGAGGACGGCAUCAAGGAACCUCAGGCGACAUUCUCAGCUUGCUUUGGGGCAGCCUUCAUUAUGCUUCACCCUACUAAGUAUGCAGCUAUGCUGGCCGAGAAAAUGCAGAAACAUGGUGCCACAGGGUGGCUUGUGAACACUGGUUGGUCAGGUGGAAGAUAUGGUGUUGGCAACCGCAUCAAGCUGGGAUACACAAGGAAAAUCAUCGAUGCCAUACACUCUGGCAGCCUCCUCAAGGCAAACUACAAAAGGACUCAAGUGUUUGGUUUGGAGAUACCCACUGAGAUCGAAGGUGUUCCUUCGGGGAUUUUAGACCCAAUUAACACGUGGGAAGACAAGGAAGGCUAUAAGGAGACUUUGCUAAAGCUGGGUAGCCUAUUCAAGAAGAACUUUGAGGUGUUUGCCAACUACAAGAUCGGUCAAGAUGGAAAACUGACUGAGGAAAUUCUUGCUGCAGGGCCAAACUUCUGAGCUUUUUGAAGAGAAUGAGAGUGCAUCGUAGUUGAUCUGUAAUAUCUCUUUGAUCAGUUAUGCCAAUAUAGAACGAUAUAUAGGUUUUCUCGGUUACUUUACCAUCCUGCAUUUCAUCGAUCUGAAGGUAGUUCAAGUAUAUCAGAAGCUA